AUGCUGCUCCGCGGCCGUCACGCUGAGCUGCACAAGUCGCCUACGUGCAUGAGGACCGUCCAGUGCGCAUCGCCCGUUGUCAUGCGCCGUCCCCUUGCGGGACACGGAACGAUUCCGACGCUGACGGACGGAGGAGAGAAAACGGCCCAGCGCCCAGUGAGCAGUCCACGUCCGUCUCCCGCCAGCAGCGACGACAACAGCAGAAGUGACCACAGCUUCACGCCCAGUGGGAAGAAAAGCGACAGCGACGACGAGUCGCCGCCACCGCCUGCCAAGAACAGCCGCGACGGGGGCGACGACCAAAAGGAGGAGAGAGACGACGGCCGAGACGAGAGGAGGUGCGACUCCACCAGCAGUAGCAGCAGCAGCAGUGAAAGCUCAGUGGAUGAGAGUGAUGUGGAGAACGAGGACGGUUGGGCCUCGAGGGACGUGGACGGUGACGAUAAGGACAAUGGGAUUGACCCGACAGAUGACGACUUGAGCGGCGAGAGCGACGGGAGUUCCGACCUGGAAAACUCGUACCCGCGACUUCCUCCAGCACCUGUGGAUGUGCUGAUUACGCUCCGACAACAAGCAGCACACAAGGAGUUCCAACUGACGGAGAAGGUGAAGCAGCAGGUGGUAGCCGACGCUAGACGGCGUUAUCACGAGCGGCAACAAGCACAUCGCUCGAAGAAACGAACAUCGACGUUGCAUUCGACGCAGCGGCACUCUCAUCGGGACGAGGCGACGAGUGGGCCGAAGCACAGGGAAAAGCGUCGUAGGAGCGUUAGCACUGAUGUGCCGAUGGCUCGACAGAGACAAGAGGAAGACGAGUGGUUAGUCGACUGCUCCUGUGGACUAAAGAAGAAGAACUACGACGACGGGACCUCCAUGAUCCAGUGCGAUAUCUGUCAAAAUUGGGUACAUGCCAAGUGUGCAGAUAAGCUGCCCGAAGCGGUGGCCCAAGAAAAGUUCGUGUGCUUUCGCUGUUGCUGGAUGUUCGAUUGCGUGUGUGCUGUCCGCCGUCGGCCCAACCACGACGAUGGUCAACGCAUGGUGGAAUGUGAAAGCUGCAAUACAUGGCAGCAUACGAUGUGUGUCGGCAUACCGAUGGCUAUGGAGCCAGCGCACGAUUACCAAUGUCCACGUUGUGUGAAGAAGGCACGCCGGCGCAAAUCUGGUUCAAAGAGAAGCAGCAGGCGUGAUCGACAUCGCAAGCGAAAUCGUGGCGAGUCACCGCGACGGUCUCGGAAACGUGCGGAUUCGUCUCACGCAGCUUCGGUACACGCGCGAUCUUCAGCACGCUCACUAAAUAACUUGGAGUCGAAACCUCGUUCGCACAGGAGCAGACGUGCUGAGGUACUGGCGUUAAACAAGAAGGAGAGGAAGGCAUCUACUGGUCUCAUGCCUUCCCCACCAUCUGCCCCCGCCGCCUCUCCGUCGUCGACCCCUCCUCCUCCGCCAUCAUCGCCACCGCCUUCGAGGUCUGCAAGGCAUGAUUCCAGUAACGCGCGCACUGAGCAACGAAGCCGCAACGAGAAGAAGCGUUCAUCUGCGUCGACCAGCUCUCUGCGUCGAAAGCGCAGUCACUCGUUGGGUAGCAGCCUCACUAAGGCGCACACGGAAGCAAGCGAAACGGAGUGUCACUCUUUGCCUUCAGAUGCUGUAGCUCCGUCACCAAGGGGCAAGGGGCUCAUGCUUCGAGGGUACUCUCCCGCUGCUGCGACGAUGAGCGCCUCCUCAUUACGGUCCGAGAAUGUGCGCCCUCCACUUCCACUCACGCCGUCGUCAACUGACGCCAGCUCUGAAAAUCGCCACAACAACCACGGCCACAUUGGUCGCAAGCGCAAGGUGAGCUCUGCACGAGAUCGGCUGGAAAAGAAGCUGAAAAUACGGAAAUCUUCGAUGCGGUGA